AUUGAGUUAUCUUCAAUCGAGUAUCGUGUUUGCAAUCUUUCGCACCCGUAUUUUUCGCGUUUCAAAUUUUCGUCGUUCGCGGCUGGAGUGUUUUCUUUUGCAUUCGCAAAAACCGGAUUACAUUUGUUCAAAUUGGAAUUACGUGCUGUUGCUAGUAACUAGUAAUAUAAUCGCAGCGGAUUUAUUAACAGAUCGGAAGGUUCUACACAGCCCGUGUGGAGGCGCAAGAAAAUUGUCAGUGCUUUUGAACGGAGAACGAUAACUGCUGGUUGAUACCAUAGAGAAUCUUAUAUCUCUAGUAAAAUAGUGUUCCAUAGUGUGAGUGCAAUUCAAAUUCGUUGUGUGGAGGCAGUACAUCAUAGUCAUCAUUACAAUCAAGGUCGAUCAAAUCCUUAGAAAUGCGCAGUGUGCGAAGCAGCCUCACUAUCGGACGACUGGCGAUCUAUCCAAGGAAUUCUAAUAUACGGACAGGGCUACUGUGUCUGCUAGCGUCACACCAGCAUAACCUCCACCACCAGUGCCCCUCCUCGGAUCACAGUCAGUGCUGCAGCAAAGCCUGCACUCAGACAACGCCACAACAGAAUAACCGAGCGCCACAGUUGCGUCGAUUCCACGUCUCGACUGCCUGCGAUAAAUCAUCGAAGGGGGGUUCGAAUCCUCCUUCCGGUUCCGAUGGCGGCAGUGGUUCAUCCGCCUCGGGCUCUGGUAGCUCUAAUGGUGGUGGUAAAAACGGCAACGGCAAGGAACCCCCAAACAAGAAGAAUGUUCUCUCCUGCCCGAAGUGCGGCGACCCGUGCACACACGUGGAAACGUUCGUAAGCUCGACGAGGUUUGUCAAAUGCGAAAAAUGCCAUCAUUUCUUCGUUGUGCUGAGCGAGGUGGACUCCAAGAAAACCAUUAAAGAUACGGAGACCAAAGGUCAACGUAAGCCACCGCCACCACCGAAGAAAAUCAUGGAAUACCUAGAUAAACAUGUCGUUGGACAGGAACUGGCCAAGAAAGUGUUAUCAGUGGCUGUGUACAACCAUUACAAACGUAUCUAUCACAAUCUUCCGCCACCGUCCAGUGCUGGGGGAAACCAAUCGGCAUCACAGCAAAUCGAUUCAGUGUCUCGCAGUGGAGAUCUGCUUCAUAUUUCCGGCAUCGGACAUACUAUGAUGAGUUCCGCCCCGACGGAAGUUCCGCGCCCUCCACUGACCUCCUCUAAUGCCUCGCAAGCUCAUCACCCGGGGUCGGAACUGUUGGAUAAGAAAACCCAUGAGCUGAAGCUGGAGAAAAGCAACAUUCUAAUGUUGGGUCCAACGGGCUCGGGUAAAACACUGCUUGCACAAACGAUUGCACGCUGUUUGGAUGUUCCAUUUGCUAUUUGCGAUUGCACCACACUCACGCAGGCUGGUUACGUGGGAGAAGACAUAGAGAGUGUUAUCGCGAAAUUGCUUCAAGACGCCAACUACAGCGUUGAUCGUGCUCAAACCGGAAUUGUGUUCCUUGAUGAAGUGGAUAAGAUUGGCGCCGUGCCCGGGAUUCACCAGUUGAGAGAUGUCGGUGGUGAGGGGGUUCAACAAGGCAUGCUGAAAAUGUUGGAAGGUACCAUCGUAAAUGUACCAGAACGAAAUUCACCGAGAAAGUUACGAGGCGAAACGGUACAAGUCGAUACCACUAACAUUCUGUUUGUUGCGUCCGGCGCAUACACUGGUUUGGAUCGGUUGAUUGCGAGGAGAUUGAAUGAGAAGUAUUUAGGUUUUGGUAUGCCUGCGAGUUCUUCCGAGGGUCGACGGGCGGCUCAAGCGUCUGCAGCACCAAUGGACAACGAUCAAGUCGAACGUGAUGCCAAUUUGCGGAAAGUUCAAGCAAAAGAUUUAGUAGAAUUUGGAAUGAUUCCUGAAUUCGUAGGGCGAUUCCCAGUGCUUGUGCCGUUCCAUAGUCUAGACGUUGAGAUGUUGGUUCGAAUUCUAACUGAACCUCGAAACGCUCUGGUGCCUCAGUACAAAGCUUUACUAGGCAUGGACCAAGUUGAGUUGACCUUCGCCGAUGAUGCUCUUAAACAGAUUGCUCAGUUGGCGAUGGAAAGACAGACUGGUGCUCGUGGACUAAGAGCCAUAAUGGAAACUCUCCUGCUUGAGCCAAUGUUCGAGGUACCCGGGUCGGAUGUAAAGACCGUGCAUAUCACGGAGGAAUGCGCGCGGGGUCAUGCCGAGCCAACCUACAUCCGCAGAAAUCACUUGAAUUCGGCCAGCUGCGGACCGGAUACGCCCAACAGCAACAAUACGUCCCAAGCGCCUGAGGAGGAAGAGAACACCAAACUUCGUGUUAAACAAUGAGACCUCCUGUGAUAGAAAUAUACGCGCAGAUUUUUAGGGUUUUUACAGCUAGGAAGUAUUAGAAGAAAAACUUCUAACUCUUUGUGUACGUGUUUAUUUCCUAUUGUUGACGGAGAUCGAGUCGGACAUUUCUGUUGGCUGGGAACAAGAUCUCAGAGUAUCGAAUGAGCGAAAUGUGUCCUUCGCGUUGAACAGUUACAAAAAAACGGGGGAAAAAGUAGAGAAUUGUGUAUAUCUACGUCCCUGCGUAAAUUAAGUGGGUGGACAUGAUGUGAUUGAUUUCCGUUUAUUAUAAAAUAUCGGCUCAGCUCUACAAAUAGCAACGUUUCAAUUUCUUCUCCUUUACCUAAAUUCUGCUGUUACCUUCUUGUUAUUGUUUCAUUGGAAACAAAUGAACUUCUAUUUUCUAGCUGCUUAAAAUAACAAUUCAAGCUAUUCAUAGACUAGGGAAGAGUGUAAAUAAUUAUAUUCUAGAGAUAGUUAUCGUAAAAAAAGGACACGUCAGUAGGACGUAAACUGCAAACACUAUUUAGGGUAAAUAUAGGUGAAAUAAUUCCUCCGAUGAACGAAGAAUAGAA